UGUAUAAAUAAAUUUAGAAUGAAGCAAAAUGAAGAAUUCCUGCAGAAGUUUGGCAGUACAAUUACACGAAAUUUGAGUGCAAAUAGCCGGAAUUCUAGGAAAAUAAUAUCGAAUAAGAUUAAUACUUCAGGGAAAUUAUUUAUUCUUGUUAUCCUCAUGACUUUGUUGAGUUGUGUUGUGUAUAAAGCUAAUGCACAAAUAGCUUUAACAGAGCCUGUUUGAUAUGACACAAACCUUGAUCCUGAAGAUUAUUGAUAUGGAUCUGUUAGUUGGAACAUGUCUGUGGCUGUCUUUAACGAAAGGGUUACCAGAAAUAAACUUGCCUUAUCAGACUACUCUCUGUUAUUGUCUAAAUGGCAAGCAAAUGAAGAUCGCUCAACUGAAAACCCAACAAGUGAUUGUCUAGCAAUAGCAAGGGAUAUUUAUUGAGCUUAUCGGAUCCCCAGUUGAGGAGGAGAAGGUAAAGAGGAGAUGCCAAUCUGUGGAUUCAUGUGAACCCUUUUUAAAAGGAGAUGCCCUGACGAAAAUCAUGAUUUAUGAUCAAAAACUUCAGAUAAAAGCACUUGAUCACUCUCAGAAAUGCAGAAUAGGAUCAUGCAAAUAAUGAUUAUUAGUUUAGGGUUACUUUUUCUUCUAUAUUAAUUAAUUUUCAAAAAUAUAUUCC